AUGAGCGCGGACGAGCUUAAGGCUGAAGGCAGUAAGCACAGCCUGCACCCCGACCUACUAGCAACGAACAAAUGACUGACUGACAACCCCGUCUUAGACAAGCUUUUUGCUGCAAAAGACUUCGAGGGCGCCGCUCAGAAAUUUAGCGAAGCCAUUGCCGCCGACCCUUCCAAUCACGUCCUCUACUCGAACCGAUCGGGCGCAUAUGCCUCGCUAAAGGACUACGAAAAAGCCCUGGAAGAUGCGAACAAGACGACUGAGAUCAAGCCGGAUUGGUCGAAGGGAUGGGGACGAAAAGGUGCUGCUCUACACGGUACAGGAGACUUGAUGGGAUCCGUGCAGGCGUUUGACGAGGCACUGAAGCUGGACCCAAACAAUGCCCAGGCGAAGAGCGGAAAGGCAUCUGUGGAGCGAGCGAUCGAGCAGGAGGCAAGAGCUGACGGCAUUGACCCCAGUGGUGGGCUGGGCAAUAUGUUCAACGACCCGAAGCUGCAUGAGAAGCUGGCAGCCAACCCCAAGACGAGUGGGCUGCUGGGUGAUGCCGCGUUUAUGCAGAAGCUGCAGAACAUGAAGAGCAAUCCACAGGCGAUGCAGCAGGAGAUGUUCUCCGACCCACGCUUCCUGCAGGUCAUGAGUGUGCUUCUGGGUAUUGACAUGGACAUGCGAUCUACUGACGAUGCCGACCGAGAUGCUGCCAAGUUCAGGAAGGAAAAUGAGGAUGGCGAGGAUGUCGAGAUGCCAGAUGCGAGACCUUCAUCGCAGCCACCGAAGAAGGAGGAGCCGAAGAAGGAGCCAGAGCCUGAACCCGAGCCGGAGGAUGAGGAGGCCAUUGAGCGCAAGAAGGCAAAGGAGGCUGCAGACAAGGAGAAGGCUCUUGGUACAGAGUGCUACAAGAAGAGACAGUUUGACCAGGCGAUCGAACAUUACACCAAGGCGUGGGAGACACACAAGGACAUCACAUACCUGACCAAUCUGGGCGCGGCCCAUUUCGAAAAGGGCGACUACGAUGGUUGUAUCGAGGACUGCAGGAAGGCUGUGGAGCAUGGUCGCGAGGUGCUCGCGGACUUCAAGCUCAUCGCCAAAGCCUUCGGUCGUAUGGGCUCCGCCUAUGAGAAGAAGGAUGAUCUCGCCAAUGCUGUUGAGUACUACGGACGUUCUCUGACUGAACAUAGGACACCCGAAAUUCUUGCCAAGCUGCGCGCUGCAGAGAAGGCAAAGAUCAAGGCCGAGAAGGAUGCCUACAUUGAUCCAGCAGAGGCAGAGAAGGCGCGCGAGCUUGGAAAUCAGAAGUUCAAGGAGAUGGACUGGCCGGCUGCAGUCGAAGCAUACACGGAGAUGAUCAAGCGUGCACCGGAGGAUCCGCGUGGCUACUCGAACCGUGCUGCUUGUCUCAUCAAGCUCCUCACCUUCCCUAGUGCCGUAGCCGACUGCGACGAAGCCAUCAAGCGCGACCCCAACUUCGUGCGCGCCUACCUCCGCAAGGCACAAGCUCUCUUCGCCAUGAAGGAAUAUAACCGAUGUCUCGACGUCUGCGCCGAAGCCACCGAGCACGACACCGAGGGCAAGAAUGCGCGUGAGAUUGAAGCGCAGAGCCAAAAGGCUCUCCAAGCACAGUUCUCUGCUCGCGAAGGCGAGACGGAACAGCAAGCACAAGAGCGCAUCCAGAGAGACCCGGAUAUCAUGGCCAUCCUGCAGGACCCUGUCAUGCAAAGCAUUCUGCAGCAGGCCAAGGGCGACCCGGCUGCUCUGCAGGAUCACAUGAAGAACCCGGAAAUCAAAAUGAAGGUGCAGAAGUUGAUUGCUGCUGGUGUCAUUCGGCUGGGCAGGUAA